ACUAUCCACCGCUAUCAAAUUACUUUAGGCACACCAUCCCCACACAAGAUGCUUUUCUUCAUGGUAUGAAAUGAUGCCAUAGCUCCACCGCGCGAGAAUGGUAGCAGAGAACUUCGAAGCGAUGGAGCCCGAGCAGGCAUCAUUAGGUAAGCAUGAAAACGCAGCCGGAGGUGCUUCCGAGUUCCUCACCGAUCUCCCCUCCCGUGGCUUCUUCUCCUCUACCACCCUAUCAUCCAAUCUGGGAAGCUUGCGAGUGUACGUUUGUGAUCACGAAACUUCUCCCCCAGAGGAGCAGCUGAUUAAAACAAAUUCCACAAACAUAUUGAUUAGAUCACUUCAAAUUAACAAACUAAGGACCGAUGCCAAGGAUGCCAAAGCUUCAGUGGAGAUCACUAAAGGCAAAAGAUCUGCUUCAAGACCAUUGGAUGGCAAACCUUCAACCAAAAGAGCCAACACCGGUACUUCUUCUAGCAAUGGCGGGCAGGAGGGAUCAAGAUCUACGUUUUCUGAGAGAAUGCUUCAUACAAUGACUGUGGAGAGGCUACGCGCACUUCUCAAGGAUAAAGGACUCUCACCUAAAGGAAAGAAGGAUGAACUUAUAUCACGCUUAAGAGAUGAAUCUUAAUCAGAGAAUCAACAUUUCUUCGCUAUAAAGAUGGAAAUAUAUACUUGCUUUUGUCCACCAUUUGAGCACUUUUGUAGCUUUGAUUUUUUUUCCAUUUUAGGCGGCCCGAAAUAUUAGUAAGCAUAAAUUCUGGAUACUGUUUUUUUUAUAUAUUAUUUUUAUUAU